CUCCCAUGUUAUGGGUAGGUCUUUACAUAGCAUGUGCUUCUCUAGUAUGCAUGAUAGCCUUCAUAAUCGACCUUUUCAAUGGUUUUCGUACCAAGAAGCUUUGGUUUCCUUGCAAGUUCUUUUCUCUCAACGCUGCCAUAUCUGCCGUCCUCGCCAUAGCCUUGAAGAUUCCCUUCGAUUUAACUACCCCCAUGGACUCAGUUAACGAGCAGUUCGUGAAACUCUCCGGUACAGCCUUGAUGUCCAUAUCAUUGGCAAACUUCAUGCCCUCUCUUGCCUCCAUGUCCGAUUCAGAACUCUUUUCCAACUUGAUGGCCCUUGCCCUCUUAUUGCAAAUAUUUGUAUCCAGAUCAAAACAGAAGUGAUUAGUGGAGAAUAUUUCAAAAUAGUACAUCUCAUCAUCCUAUCCUGCAUUUUCCUCCAGUUUUCUUUGCUCAUUUCCACAGCCAUAGCUUCUCCCACUAUCAAAAUAAAACUCGACUCUGCCUACAAGGAAGCCACGUCAACAAAA